ACUUCGACAUGUUCGUGAAACCCCCCGUUGUUUUGUAUCAAGAAAAUGCAAUGGCCGCCAUCUUCGACUCUUGUGAAUGUUUUGAUCGUAGUUUCGGACUUUGAGGCUAAUUUCAUUUAUGAUAUGAAUUUAUUGCACAAAAAUUGUUUCGCUACGUUGUAGUUAUUCUAAAUAUUGUAGUGUGCAGGUAAAGCAAUUAUGUGACUUUAAAUUGUAUUCUGGAACAAUGACCUCGACUGUCGUGUCGUAUUUGUGGACUAAAAAUAUAUUACGGAGAAUGUAGAACUUUGAUGAGCACGUUAUUUCGGAGAUGUGAGAGACGGAUGCAUAAAGCGACGAUUUUCAAUUGCAGUCGUAUGUGUUAACACGGAGGCCUAGCGCUCUUCGUCCCAUCAUCCCGGGCUAGUCCCAAGAUGAUAUUCUCAGCAUGUCAGCGACAUCAGAAUAUGAACGAACGGUCCAGCAAGAUUACGGGCCGACCACCUCCAAUGAACAUCUUUAUGAGCAUGAAUUUGUUCACCCAUUGAUUGAAAAAAUGGAUGUGUCUAAUGUUCGUCCACAAAUAUUAAGGGCUGUCCCCCUCUCACCCACUCGGGGCGAUCCUGAGCCAGACUCUACUAAUCCCGAAAGCAUCAUUCAUUCUGUGCAUAAUAUUGAUAAGGACGUUAAAUAUCACAUAACAGAGAAGAGAUGUGAUAGUGACAUGUCAGUUGACACCCUUCCCAGGAUAGUUCGUUUUGAAGAAAGUAACAUUGAAAGUGUUAGUAGAAUUUCCUACCCCGUCAUACAAGGUACUGAUGACUCGGGUGAUGGUAGUUACGGGGAGAAUACGGCCACACUUAUUCAGGCUCCUCUGAAUGCGGCAAUUGUUCAUAAUGUAACAAAACUUCCACAGAAUUUUACAAUUAAUGUGGACGCAACUGUUGGUAACAUAGCAACAAUUCAAAAUGUAUCCCAAGAUGGUACCGGUAAUCAGACUUUGUGGUUGCCCACAAUUCUUACUACGAAUGCAUCUGAUAACAAGAAUGAAGAAAACAGACAAUCUGGAGUCUCACAGAUUAUUAUUACCAGUGAAAGUUAUAUUAACAACACAAAUACUACAAAUCGUAGAGGAAAUAUUAUAACUGAAGCCAGUUAUAUCGGCCGACCGAAGGCAUCAAAAGUUCAGAUACUGAGCAAUAUAUCAAUACCUAAGAAUACAAACUAUUCGCAACAAUAUGUUGCACAGGGCAAAGAAAUUACUUCACCUGUGUAUGCACAGCAAAACCACAUCUACAAAUUGAGUCCUAACCUAGUACCUACAAAACAUGUGAACAAUAAUAUUCAAAGUACAAAACCACCUAAGAGUCAGUCUUUGAUUAGCGCAUCUACCAUGACUCAGACUGUUAUCAACAGCAGUCCAGCAAAAAAUGUGCCAUACAGUCACACAUACACCAAGAGCACAAACGUGAAUAAGGUUAACAAUGGUGCUAACCUAAACGCAAUUGUUGCUGCAUCAUCCGGCAACACUCAUUGUCACAUUCUGUCCAGAGUUGUGUCAGGACCCAACAAGUUAUCAGUACAUUCUGGGAGAAAAGGCAAUGCACUCAAGGGUUCCAAAAAUUCUCAGAACUCCGGCCAAGGGAAGAAUCCAAGAUCUAUUAAAAUUAUACAACAAACAGGAAAUGCAAGUAAAUCAGAAAACAAGACGUGGCCGGUGGCUAGUGUCACAUAUAAGGGCCAAUCUAAUUAUAAUGUGGAAACGAGCACUUCUAUGGUUAUACAGAAGAUCGGGAGCCCAACACACAAAAACCAGCAGUCAAUAUCACUUCAAAAAGUUCCCAAAGGAGAGAGAUUGGUGUUGCAGUCGCCCUGCGGCCCAGUUCUUAUAUCUACGGCCCCACUUAGCUCAAGCUUGCCUAAAGGUCCACAUUAUGUACAAUCAGGAUCUACUGCAAAUCUCCAAUAUGUUCAGACAUAUGGUGGGGAAAACCAGCUCUCUACAGUUUCACAGAUUUCUGCUAAUCAGCAGUUGACUGCACAAAUCUUGCAGUCCUUAUCUCAGCCAAAACUUAUGUUGCACCAGGGCCCAUCACCCUUGACCCCAGUGAAAAGCAGCAUCAGUCCAAUAUUCAGUACACUCGAGGAACCAGUUGAAACGAAACCACCAAAUCCAAAGAGGAUUGUAUUUGGCGACAAGACGACAUUGAUGACAGCUGAUGAUAUUAUUGGAGUUGAAGAGAGACCAAAUCUUUUUGAGGAGCUGCGCAGAUACUCCUUCCAACCUUUGGCAUUUGUUAUGCUGGAUCAUACUUAUGCUUUACCUGCGCAGAAACUACCUACUCCUAGUACAUCCAAUAAGGCAGAAGUGCCAACAUCACCAAUAGCUUCCGCACCACCCAUUCCUAUCACCACUCCCAUGAGCCCAUUGAAGAGGCAAUCUCCUACGGUGAUAACUUCAGUAUCAAAUGAUAUAAUACCAACAACAGUGGCUACGACCACCAUUUGCGCUCCCAUGGCGACAACUGUCGCACCGCCAAUUGAACGCUUGCCCUUCAAACCUCUAUCCCUGCCUCAGCAAGAUGAUGAUACUGCCUCAAUCAUAUCAUCAGUGGAAGGGGAGAGAAGACCACCAAUGCCCGGUGGCAGCGACACCGAGACCGCACCCGAAGGUGAAGAGGAAGGCAAAACACGAUGCAUUUGUGAUUUUACCCAUGACGACGGUUACAUGAUUUGCUGUGACCGUUGCGGCGAGUGGCAACACGUCGAUUGUAUGGGCAUAGACAGAAAUAACAUACCAGACGCGUACAUGUGCGAGCUCUGUAUGCCUAGAACAAUAGACAGACGUCAUGCUAGAAUUAUCCAAUUACGGAAACGAGAGGAAUUGAAUGCCCUGGCCGGGUCGGACUCAGAUUCGAAUGAGUAUCCAUCGCUGAUACCAGGACAGCGACGAAAGAGGUUGCUUACUGUAACAACAUACACUAAUACUUCAGGAACUUGUGUCACAACAUACAAUUCUAGUUUACCGGUGCUACCGUCUCCUACCCCGCAGCCAACGUUGACACUCCCGAAGCGGGGCCCAAAGCAGCGCCCGAAGAAAACGGAAGUGAUGAGAAAAGGUACGAAACGGAAACUCGCCGAGAAAAGGGUUAAAAGGAAGAAGGAACUGAUGUUGAAUAAGAGCAAAUUCAACUCAACCAUGUCGAGCCAACCGCACUGGCGUGACUUAUUCGAGCAGGCUAUGACAAAUCAUUACAGUCCAGAAUUGAGAGCCAAAAUCAUGAAGUACAGUAGUAAACUUGGCAACACGUCCAACAUGUCUUCUGCAAUCACUGCACAUUUAUGCACUACAGUACCACACGCUGGUGGUAAAAUUCUGAUUGCUACUAAAGAUCUGAGAGAAAACACACCAGUCAUUGAGUUGAGAGGAAAAUAUAUGCUGUCUAACCAACACAGACCUCAAUUGCAAAAUUCAGCCAGAGCUGGCAGUCAAAAGCCAGGUCCUUUCGUAUUUUUCUAUCGCCUGCCCAAAGACAAUACUCAAAUAUGCAUAGAUACCCGAACAUAUGGUAAUGAGGCACGAUUUGUGCGUAGAUCUUGUAAACCUAACGCGGAACUACAGCAUUGCAUCGUAAAAGGUACAUUACAUGUAUAUUUAGCGACCAUCACCGAUGUCCAAUCCAACACUGAAAUAACCGUCGGUCAUGAUACCAAUGGCGCUAAACAACCCUGCGCAUGCGGGAACCCGAAACACUGCAAAGUGAACGGCUUAAACACACUUCCACCGAGGAAAAGUGUGGAUAUAUCACAGAGGGAGAAGAGAAGUAGGAACAGAUGUUUGAGCUCUUCAUCACCUAUGUCACCUCCACCGACAGUAACCACCCCAGUGACUACACCAGUCAAAGAAAUGUCGCCACCCUUUACACAUAUAAAAACAGAAAUCAAAACUGAAAAGAAAUCACCGAUUAAACAUGAGUUUCCACCUAUGUCUCCACCUAAGGAAUCAUAUGUACCUUUCCAUUACAAUGAGCCUGUUAAAUCCGAGCCAUUAUUAGAUCUGAAAGCAGACAAUCAAGAAUUCGAUCUCACUGCUAAAGAAGAAAUGAAAUCUGACUUUGAUGAACCAGAUUAUGUUAAAAGUGAACCAGAGGAGGAACAGGAGCUACCAACAUCUAUACCGGAACCGCCUCCGGAACCUCAGGAGGAAGAAAUAAAACCUAUAGAAAAGGAAAUUAAAAAAGAGGUACCUGUAAAAGUUCAGAAUGUUGAAAAAGAAAAGAUUGUAGAAAUUGAAAAGAAAGAAGAAAUUAUUGAGAAGGAUCCACCAAUGGAGAUAGUUGCAGAUAAUAUUAAAGAGGAACCAAUAAAGGAAGAAGAAAAAAUAAAAGUUGAGGAGCCUAAGGAGAAAGUUGAAGAAGAAAGACCAAUGACAAGAGAAUUUUCUGCAAAAUCGGCAUGUCACGAUAGGUCCUCUAGAUCUAGUCGGACUUGUAAUAAAGAGUCUGACUCUCAUGACGAGAAAACUGAUGAUUCUCAAGAUAAAGUGCAUACAUCUAGUAGUAAGGAAAAAGAAAAACGGAAAAUGACACGAGAGGAGCGCAAGAUGGAAGCGAUAAUGAAAGCAUUUGAGAGGAUGGAGAAGGCACAGCAGAGGAAACAAGAAGUAAAAGAAAGACAAAAGAGAAGAGAAUCUGAUCCUCAUCCCACUAACUUCACAGAGAAAGACGAUGAUGAUGACAACCAUUGCAGCACCAAAAGACGAAAGAGGAGGAAAGGACGUGCGCGUACGGCAUCUCAGUCCAACCGACGCCGUCUUAACUCUGCUGACAGUGACAUGUUGACUUCUGGAGAUGAGGCACCGCACACAGAAACUGAUGCUAAUGAUACACCAGAGAAUCAUGAUACCACAGACGCACCAGCACCACCACGAGAAUCUCUAAAUGAGGAUCUUGGGUUAAGCUCUGCAUGUCUCCUUGUGGAAGCGGCGGUCGGGUCAGUCGAAUCAGCUUUCAAACUACCCAAAACUAAGAAGACCAUGGCCACUGAAUGGAUAGGCCGCUCGCCUGACCGAACACCCUCGCCCUAUCAUUCUCCCUACAGACCAGCCUUAGUGACUGCCCCGUCACUAGAGAGCUUAGUGCGAGUCGCAUCUACCAUGAUCGGAGAGAUUGCCACUAAGAUAAGUGGCAACCCAGAAUUUCCAGAAGAAACACCCAAAUCACCUCCUAGGACGCCUGGGAGAGAGAAAAAUAGACCACCAAAGAAGGCGAAGAGGGUAACUCGAAGUACACCGACAGUAGAAGUGCCAGAGGUCACUCCUCGGACAGAUGUUAUGCAACACAGCGCUAAGAAGCGGUGGCUAAGGCAAGCCAUCAGCGAGGAAAGCGAUGCGCCAAGUAUAGAAACCUUUGUUCCAGAAUCACCUCCCAGUGAAAUGGUGACGCCAUUGAAGAAGAGGAGAUUAGCACGGGAAUCACUGUCGUGUGAUCAGAACCCUAUAGUGCCUUGCAAUGACGAGACAUCGCCAUCACUCGCUCUAGAGGACUCUCCAGUCAAAGACGACUCAAUGUCACACACCAAUCAGUAUAGCAGACACAAUAUCAUGGAUUAUUACAGCAGAGAUCGAACACGGUCGGACAGUGGGCAGGGCUCCGACGACCAGUGUAACAUUGACCAUGACAUACUCAACGUAAACAUUAAGGGACCUCACGAUAGCGAAAACAUCCGGAGGAUAAUCGGAGUACCGACUCCUGAGGAGGAGCUUCCUCCACCAGUGAUAACAAAACCCGAGGACAUUGAGACAACAAACAAUAAUAACUUGGAUAUGGAGGAGAGCAACUACAAUAAGGUCGUUCCGAUGGACAUAGAUACUACCGUCAUAGCUCAGACCAAACUAGAGUCUAAUGAAAACAGCAACGAGGUCAAAGGACUCGAGAGUCCCAACGAUAAAGUACAAAGCUCCCAAUCAGCCGACACUAGUGGUAAUUCUUCACCGCAGCGAGACGAGAUGGACGAUAUACAGAAAAAGAUACACUCGUUUCACACGGAAAACAUACUCAUACUGAAGAGCAGAAACAAAAAGCCACCAAAGGAGAAGAGAAAAAAGGUGAACCUGAAUUUUGAUCUAAAUAUGGUAGACGACCAAAUCAGUAUUCAGUUGAGGACAGAGAACACGAGUCCGAAGACUCUAGAAGUGAAUGGGGAUUUGCACGACGACACUAACUCGCACGAUGAUGCCAAGUUGCACGUUUCGCCGGAAAACAUACCGCUGCCACCCGUGGAGUCUACACCGCUGCCACCCGUGGAGUCUAUACCGCUGCCUACGUCUCCGGAGAAUAUUCCGCUGCCAGAGGAAACAAGCCCCAUGCCUAUAGUGCCUCCACCGGAGACUAUUCCUCUCCCUGAGGAGCCCAUGAAACCCAAAAAGCUCGUAUCCAAACCGAAAAAAGUCGUGUCGCCUCAAACGAAACCGGAGGAAAAGGAGGAUCGACCCUCUGUAAUCGACAGCAAUUCGGCAGUCCCGUUCUCGACGCGGUUCAGCUCGACGGGUCUGUUCUCAGGGAUAUUCAGCAACAUGUCCAACACUUUCAAAAUGGACACCUCCAUCAACGACAACAUACCCAACAUGUCUAUAAUAAAAAGUGCAAUAGAUAGGACUACAAGUUUAGAUGGUAGGUUAUUUGAUAAGGACAGUGUUAGCCCGGUGGACGAUUUGAAAAGUGUGCAAGAGAUAUUGACUCGUGUGAACAAUAUGGACUCGAAUAACAGUGUAAUAUUGUCGGGGGUGCUGCGGGGGACGACGCCUGCGGGGACGUCGCCGGUUCGAGUCCCCGCUCCGGUGUCCCCGGUCGUGGCUGGCGCUCCGCCCCUCGCGGCCGUGCCCUGCGGAGUCCCAGCGCCGGUGUCGCCCGCGCCGCUCUCUCAGCCCCAUCCGCAUCCGGUGCGGUCGCUCUGCUCGCGAGCGCUGGACCCGCGUUUAAACCCACCGCCCGUCGACAAGCCCAAGCCCGUCAGAAGAAAGCUGUCCAUCAGCGAGUAUCGGUUACGGCAGCUCGGGGCCGUGGGGAGCUGUGAGGAGGGCACAGAAGCGCCCUGCGAGGGCGAAGGCUCCUCGGAGGUGGAGGAGUGGUCGCGGUCGUCGGCGUCGUUGUCGCCGCAGCGGCUUGAGGCUGUCGCGGCGGCUGCGGCUGAUGACCUCGAGCAGCGCUUGCACAGGGACCUCCAGACGCAGCUACCAGCAGCAGGUGUGUUCGACGCCCAGCCGACGGCGUCGGAGCGCCAGCGAGAGGACCUCAGCUCGCGGCUGCGCCUCGAGUACGGCCUCGCGCUGCCCGACGACGACGCGCGAGCGCCGCCAGAUACCGAUUCGUCGAGGCGGGCGAGAUAGAGUAGCGACGAGCGAGCCGCAUCGAGCUGCACGGACAGUGUUAGUGACGUGUAGCGGACUCCAAUAUUGUGUAUAUUUCCCCUUUCAUUUCUCUCUUUUAUUGUGACGAUUUUCUGCGAGUACAAAUUGUUUUUAUUUCUUGUGUACAUAAUGUAUAUAGAGCGGUGGGGCCCCGGCCGCCACUUGUAUAUGUCAUAGAGAUUUUUUUAUAUAUGCAAGCGGUUCACGUAUUUUACCUAUGUACUAAUUUAUUGUAUUAGCGAGGAUAGGGCGAUUCGGCUAAGAAUUUUGUACGCAUAAUGUAAGUUAUAUUUGUUUUUAUUGUUUGUUUUACUUGUAGAUGGUAGCGUAGUCGUAGAGUGGUAGGAGUAAGGACUAGUAGUUCUUAAGCCGUUUCUAGAGGUUUAGAUGUGUCAUAUUUUAAGAGAGUGUGGAUGCAAAGUUUCAACCGAACAGUUAUAAAAUCCUUUAAGCCAUACUUUGGUAGCUGAAUAUUUAUUUGUUAUAAAUAUUUAUAUUUUAUUAAAUAGUACAUGAUUAUUGUAUUAAUUAACUUUUGACAGUAUCCCAGUUAUGCAUAAUAUGCCUUAUGUCGCAUAAUAACAUUUCUUGCCAGAAUUUCUCUACUAAUACAGUAAUAUGGAAAUUGAAAAAUGCCCAUAACACAAUUGCAUUUGGAGAGAAAUUUGACAUUCAUCACAUAAAAUCGUUUACCAAUUACAUUACAAGAUUAAGUAUAUCUCUGGCUUUGUAAUAAUUUUAUAAGGUGUGUCCUGAUAAGUUUUUAUCAUCACCUGAUAAAAUGAAAUCAACAAAUUUUUUCUCAAAUAACCAUUUGAUUAAUUUGUUUGUACGCAAGGAGGACAGGUGUGUAGCAGGACUUUUUAUAUAUGGGCAACUGCACAGUUUGGUCACAGAAAGUUGUGUCGUCAACUCCAGUUGGGAAGCUUCUUCAUAUAAUUUACACUGUACAUUAUACCUCCUAUGGUCGAACUGUACAGCGGGGCUAAAAUGGUCGCUUUGAAGAAUUAUGAUAUGAAUCA